AUGGCGGACCACAGCGACGCCGGACCAACAUGCUCGCCUUACGCCAGCGGUAUCUGUGCUGUUUACUUCUCAGAGGAGGGCCCUCUGUACAUCCCCAUCUCACUCCUCAGUGAGGAGAUGAAGGAAGCUACAGAUUUCCAACGCGACAAUUCUGCUCAUCCUAUGGCCGAACUGUGGCUGGACAACAUCGCACUCGAUGCAGGCCAUGUCAUCAUUCACUACCUCGUCACGGGUACCUACCAGUACCUCCAGCACAAGAAGGAAGCAGAAAAAGAUGCGAAGGACUUUUCAGCCGAGUUCGCGACUGCUAUUCGUGUCUACGUCGCUGCUGACAAUCUGCUCUUGCCCGCCCUCCGUGAAAUGGCUAAAGGGGAGAUCCUUAGCGUCGGCAAGUGGCUUAGCCUCCCUGCCUUGAUCAAAGUCAUGGAAGAGGCCGCCCUGCCGUUCAAGGCAUACCCCGGAAUUGCCGCUUAUGUCGAAUCGCGACUUUUGUCCUUCUCUCAAACCGCAGCUAUGGAUGGCGGCGAAGACCAUGUUGACGAGACACUCCUUGCGCUGGGUGCUCCGGAUACAUUGAGCCAGGUCGUACUGCGUAGCGUCCUGCUUUCGAAGGCUUCCCGAGGCCGUCAGAUGGAAUCACCAACCUACAAGUCUGCAUGGGGAAAUCCUAGAAUCGAACUGUGCCAUAUGGAACAGGCCAUGGAACGGGCCGAGGGCUCUUCGUCCCGAAACGCUGAAGCUGCUCGCUACGAAAAAGAAAAUCUCCAUCCACAGAAGCCAAAGGCGAAACAGAAUGGGGAGACCUCACGCCGGGGUUGGAAGCGAGUUGGAGCUCUUGAAGAAAAAGCCGAAAAGAGAGCCGAGGAACUCGCAAGUGAGAGAAAGUGGAACGCUACGCGUCGGGGUGGAUACGACUGGCCUGCCCGACAGUCUUUUUUUGAGGAAGUCGGUGAUGCUCACGAACACCCGCCCGUUUUCUCCCUUCGUAAGCGCCAGGCUUUCGAGCGACACGACCAAUGUGACAGUCCGACCGUCAUACCUGGAACCUGGAAUGAUCAGCUCACACCUGGCUCCAGUAUGGACUGGCCAGAGGACAAAGAGGCCGUCAACUGGUCAUAG